AUGAAACCGCCAUCGUUUAAAGGAGGAAUCGAACCGAUGAAAGCUGAGGCAUGGGUAUUGGGAAUAGAAAAGUUGUUCGAAGUUUUCCCUUGUACUGAAAUCCAAAAGGUGCAGCUUGCUGCUUUUACUCUUGAAGAUGAGGCGCGGAGGUGGUGGAUGCUCACAAGAACAAUGCACCAGGGGUUGACAUGGGACAGAUUCUUAGAGCUGUUUUAUGACAAAUAUUUUCCCCAAAAACUAGCCCGAUUCGCACCUCAUAUGGUGGAUACAGAUUAUAAGAAGGCACGAAAAUUCGAAAGGGGAUUGCGAGGUGCUAUUCUGGGCCGAGUUAAUGUGUUGAAGCUACCUACUUAUGUUGAUGUGUUGGAGAGGGCUGUUAUAGCAGAAAGGAAUCUUGCUGCUCAGAGUCAGAUUGCUGAAUGGAAAGGAAAAAGGAAUCAGCAGAAUAACAACAAAACUGUCACAAGUUCAGUGGGGUCUGCACCAACUUCCAGCACCAAGUCAGCUACCAAACCUGCUAACAACAAGGAUACUGCGAGACAAGGUAGAGUGUUUGCAUUGGUUCCAGGAGAUGUAUAG